UAGUUCAUUCUCCUACUUCCGUGUUCUUUCACUACUACCAUCAACCAACCGGCCGACGCAAGAGAACGAGAAUGUCUCACCAAACCGGCAUCCAAGCUACCGGGGAAGUGAAAGAAAUCUUUGCAAAGGCUCGGAAUGGAGAAUAUCGGCUCAUCAAAGUAGUGAUUGAAAAUGAGAAGUUAGUUCUUGGCGGAAGUAAACGGGCUGCCAAGAAAUGGGACCAGGAAUGGGACAGUUAUGUUCUUUCACUCGUGGAGGACGACAUGCCCUCGUACCUUCUCUACAGGUUGGAUUCCACCAACAACCAGGGUUACGAGUGGAUCUUUCUGGCCUGGUCUCCGGAUCACUCUCCAGUCCGACAAAAGAUGUUGUAUGCUGCUACGAGGGCCACGCUGAAAAAAGAGUUUGGUGGUGGCCACAUUAAAGAGGAGAUUUUUGGCACAGUGAAGGAUGAUAUCUCUCUAAACGGCUACAGGAAGUACCUCACCUCGCAGGCGGCGCCUCUGCCUUUGACUGCAGCAGAGGAGGAACUGAGGCAAAUCAAACUCAAUGAGUUGCAGACAGACGUCCAUGUUGACACAAAGCAGCAGACUCUUCAGGGAGUGGCGUUCCCUAUGCAGAGAGAAGCUAUUCAGGCUCUGGAGCAGUUCAGGGAGAAAAGGAUUAACUACGUUCAACUGGAAAUAGAUUUUCCUAAAGAAUCCAUCAAGUUGUUCAGCACGGCUCCUACGGAUCUGAAAGAUCUACCUAAAAGGAUCCCAAAUGAUGCGGCUAGAUAUCAUUUUUUCCUUUACAAACACUCUCAUGAAGGAGACUACCUCGAGUCCACAGUGUUCAUUUACUCUAUGCCUGGUUAUAAAUGCAGCAUCAAAGAGAGAAUGCUGUAUUCAAGCUGCAAGAAUCCUCUUAUAGACACAGUGGAGAAAAACUUGGGCAUUGAAAUUGCAAAAAAGCUGGAAAUUGAAAACGGUGAUGAACUAACCAGUGAUUUCCUGUACGAAGAGGUCCAUCCCAAGCAGCAUGCGCACAAGCAAGCUUUUGCCAAACCCAAGGGGCCAACCGGGAAGAGGGGGGUCCGUCGAAUCACACGGCCGCCGGGGGACGGUGGCGAUGACGAUUAAACCUCUUCCUAUUCCGAGAUUGACAGUGGCACAUUCCACUUAGUCUAAUGAAUCCCCGUCCUGAAGCAAAUUUCAAUUUUCCGUUGACUCAUCUAGACCACAGCCCUAUAGACUGAUCUAUGCACAAAGUAAAACACUAAGCCUGUGAAAUUACAUUUUGUAGCUUGCAAUAUGAUACGCUAUGUCGAAGAACACAGAUUGAGGUAGACGAGAAUGUAUUUUACGAAGCUUCACUUGCAUUCAAGGAUGCCGUCUGUGAUGUUCCUGGUAAUAGUUUUAACACUAUUAUGCUGUUUACUUGCAUAUUAGCCAAGAUUAUGAUGUAGAGUGCAAUACUGUUGAAAUAGAUACUCCAUUUAGUGCUUGUUUUCCAGGAAUAGAUAUUGAUUUACUAGGAAAAUCCCUUUUUGAAGAAAAUUU